AUGGCUUCCGCACUCCCCAUCAAGUUCACGGAGAACUUGCAGUUGAGCUCGGUGGGAAUCCAGCCUGCUUCCAUUGGCUUCAACAGCUGUACCCUCGAAUCCGACCACUACAUCUGCGUCCGACAAAAGCUUGACGACAACGCGCAGCCUGAAGUCAUCAUUGUCAAUCUCAAGAAUGGCAACAGUGUCAUGCGCCGGCCCAUCAAGGCCGACAGCGCCAUCAUGCAUUGGUCGAAAGAGAUUAUCGCUCUUAAAGCUGGCGGGAAAACACUCCAAAUCUUCGACUUGGGAGCUAAGAGCAAGAUCAAAAGCACGACAAUGCAAGAGGAUGUGGUAUACUGGAAGUGGUUCAGCGAUUCUUCGAUUGGGCUCGUCACGGACACCGCCGUAUAUCAUUGGAACAUCUUCGAUGCCUCGCAGGUCUCUCCGCAGAAGGUGUUUGAGCGGAAUCAGAACCUUGCCGGGUGCCAGAUCAUCAACUACCGCGUCAGCGCCGACGAGAAGUGGAUGGUGGUCGUGGGCAUCUCGCAGCGCGAGGGGCGCGUUGUUGGCAGCAUGCAGCUGUACUCCAGAGAUCGUGGCAUCAGCCAGUCCAUCGAAGGCCAUGCUGCUGCGUUUGGCACACUGAGGCUGGAGGAUGGGGUGUCAGAUACCAAGCUGUUCACCUUUGCCAACCGAUCCGCCACAGGCGCCAAGUUGCACAUUGUCGAAGUGGAUCACCAGGCUCCGAACCCGACCUUCACCAAGAAAGCCGUCGACAUCUACUUCCCAGCCGAGGCCGUCAACGACUUCCCCGUGGCCAUGCAAGUCUCCGAAAAAUACAAGGUCAUCUACCUGGUGACCAAGUACGGCUUCAUCCACCUGUACGAUCUCGAAACCGGAACGACCAUCUUCAUGAAUCGCAUUUCGAGCGACACCAUCUUCACCACCGCCAUCGACGAGGAAUCCUUGGGCAUCGUAGGGGUCAACAGGAAGGGUCAAGUGCUGUCCGUGAGCGUGGACGAGAACACAAUAAUACCAUACCUGCUUCAGAACCCGGAAAAUGCCGAAUUGGCCUACAAGUUGGCAUCCAGGGCUGGACUGCCUGGCGCCGAUCAGCUCUACCAACAACGCUUCGACCAGCUUUUGAACUCCGGCGACUACCAGCAAGCGGCCAAGACCGCAGCAAACUCACCUCAGGGCUUCUUGCGCACACCACAAACCAUCGAAAGAUUCAAGUCUGUGCCACAGCAGCAGGGACAGCUUUCGGUCAUUCUGCAGUACUUUGGCAUGCUUCUCGACAAGGGCAAGCUAAACGAGCAUGAGACCUUGGAGCUCGCGCGGCCCGUUCUGCAGCAAAACAGGAAGCACCUGCUUGAGAAGUGGAUGAACGAGGGCAAGCUAGGCUGCUCAGAACAGCUCGGGGAUCUGGUGCGUGUGCAUGACACUGCGCUCGCGCAACGCAUCUACCAGGAAGCCGGCGCGUCGCAAAAGGUUAUUGCGGCCAUGGCAGAGUCUGGCAACUUUGACCAGAUCCUACCCUACUCGCGGUCCGUUGGAUACACACCAGACUUCAACGCUCUCUUGCAGCACAUCACGAGAGUCAACCCGGAGAAGGGUGCCGAGUUCGCCACUAACAUUGCGCGCGAAGACCCGAGCCUGAUCGACAUUGACCGCACCGUCGACAUCUUCCAAUCCCAGGGAAUGAUUCAGCAAGCGACCGCAUUCCUGCUCGACGUCCUAGCCGCGAAUAAACCGGAACAAGGUCAAUUGCAGACUCGACUACUCGAGAUGAAUCUUUUGAACGCUCCCCAGGUGGCCGAUGCCAUUCUUGGAAACGAAAUGUUCAGCUACUUCGACCAGGAGAAGAUUGCUCGUUUGUGCGAGAACGCGGGCCUGCUCACUCGCGCGCUCGAGCAUUACGAAGAUCCAGCAUCCAUCAAGCGCUGCAUUGUUCAAACAGACAAAAUCCCAGAGGAGUUUUUGAUCAACUACUUCGGCAAACUGACCGUGGAGCUCGGACUGGAAUGCCUAGACGAGAUGCUUCGCGUCAACAUCCGCCAGAAUCUCCAAGCCGUUAUCAAUGUGGCGAAGAAAUACUCUGAUCUGUUUGGCCCCACUCGAAUUAUCGACCUUCUCGAAAAGUACCGGACCGCAGAAGGCCUGUACUUCUACCUCGGCGGAAUUGUCAACUUCAGCGAGGACAAGGACGUGACUUUCAAGUACAUCGAGGCAGCCACCAAGAUGGGCCAGAUGCAGGAAGUCGAGCGGAUAUGCCGAGAGAGCAACCAUUACGACGGCCAGCGAGUCAUGAACUUCCUGAAAGAGCAAAGACUCACCGAGCAGCUUCCGCUGAUCAUCGUCGGCGACCGUUUCAACUUCGUUCACGAUCUCGUGUUGUACUUGUACAAGAACCAGCAGUUCAAGUCGAUCGAGGUGUACGUCCAGCGCGUCAAUCCGUCGAGAACGCCAGCUGUCGUAGGUGGGCUGUUGGACGUCGACUGCGACGAGGGCAUCAUCAAAGGCUUGCUCAGCUCCGUGCCGCCGCAAUCCGUUCCAAUCGACGAACUCGUUUCGGAGGUCGAGUCCAGGAAUCGACUCAAGCUCCUGCUACCCUUCCUCGAACAGACUUUGGCGACAGGCAACCAGCAACCCGCGGUCUACAACGCGCUGGCCAAGAUUUACAUCGACAGCAACAACAACCCAGAGAAGUUUUUGAAGGAGAACGAUCUCUACGACACGUUGACUGUGGGCAAGUACUGCGAGAAGCGUGACCCCAACUUGGCAUUCAUUGCGUAUCAGAAGGGGCAGAAUGAUUUGGAGCUCAUCAAUAUCACGAACGAGAACUCCAUGUUCCGAGCGCAAGCGCGAUACCUGCUCACUCGCGCCGAUCCCGAGAUCUGGCAAUAUGUGUUGUCGGACAACAACAUCCACCGACGCUCGAUGGUCGAUCAAGUCAUCUCGACUGCCGUUCCUGAAUCCACCGAUCCCGAACAAGUUUCGAUCGCUGUCAAGGCCUUCAUCGACGCUGAUAUGCCCGUCGAGCUCAUCGAGCUCUUGGAGAAGAUCAUACUCGAGCCGUCCACCUUCAGCGACAACUCGAACCUGCAGAACCUGCUCAUGCUCACGGCUGCCAAAUCCGACCGCGGUCGCGUCGCUGGCUACAUCCAGAACCUCGACAACUACGACCCCGAUGAAAUUGCCCAGCAAUGUAUCGAAGUUGGGAUGUUUGAGGAAGCAUUCUUGAUUUACAAGAAGGCCAACAAUCAUCUCGAAGCUACGAACGUGCUGGUCGACCAUGUUGUUAGCAUCGACAGAGCGCAGGAGUACGCCGAUCAAGUCGAUCGCCCGGAUGUUUGGAGCAAAGUCGGAAAGGCGCAGCUCGACGGCCUGCGCGUUGGCGAUGGUAUUGAAUCGUACAUCCGCGCUCAAGACCCCUCCAACCACCAAGAGGUCAUUGAGAUUGCGACACACGCUGGGAAGGAUGAGGAGUUGAUCAAAUACCUUCGCAUGGCACGCAAGACGCUUCGCGAACCCGCCGUCGAUACCGCGCUCGCCUUCUGCUUGGCUCGAACCGACCAGCUUGCCGAGCUGGAGGACUUCCUACGCGGGACGAACGUGGCCAACAUUGAAGAGUCUGGCGACAAGGCAUACGCCGAAGGGCACCACGAGGCUGCGAAGAUCUUCUUCACAUCCAUCUCGAACUGGGCCAAGCUCGCCACCACUCUCGUCCAUCUUGGAGACUACCAGGCUGCGGUGGAAUGCGCCCGGAAAGCCAACAGCGUCAAAGUGUGGAAGCAAGUCAACGAGGCCUGCGUGGCCAAGAAGGAGUUCCGCCUGGCGCAGAUCUGCGGUCUCAACCUGAUCGUGCACGCAGACGAGCUGGCCGAUCUCGUGAAGCAGUACGAGCGUGAAGGCUACUUUGACGAACUCAUCACGCUGUUGGAAGCGGGUCUGGGCCUGGAGAGAGUCCAUAUGGGCGUGUUCACCUCAUUGGGUGUCGCACUCAGCAAAUAUCAUCCAGAACGUGUGAUGGAGCACCUCCGCAUCUUCUGGGGCCGAGUCAACAUUCCCAAGCUCAUCACAGCGUGCGAGGAAGCGCAUCUGUGGCCGGAGCUCGUCUUCCUGUACUCCCACUACGACGAGUAUGACAAUGCCGCGCUGGCCAUGAUGGAGCGGGCGGCGGACGCGUGGGAGCAUCAGAGCUUCAAGGAGACCGUCAUCAAGGUGGCCAACCUGGAGAUCUACUACCGCGCCUUGAACUUCUAUCUGCAGGAACAGCCACCGUUGAUCACCGACUUGCUGCAAGCAUUGACACCUCGCAUCGACGUGAACCGCGUGGUGCGGAUGUUCGAGAAGUCGGACAACAUCCCGCUGAUCAAGCCGUUCCUGCUCAACGUGCAGACGCAGAACAAGCGUGCUGUGAACGAUGCGAUCAACGAUCUGCUCAUUGAAGAGGAAGAUUACAAGCAGCUGCGUGACAGUGUGGAGAAUUUCGACAACUACGAGGCCGUGGCAUUGGCGCAACGGCUGGAGAAGCAUGAUCUGGUCUUCUUCCGGCAGAUUGCUGCGAACAUCUACCGAAAGAACAAGCGAUGGGACAAAUCGAUUGCGCUUUCGAAGCAGGACAAGCUUUACAAGGACGCGAUUGAGACGGCGGCCAUGUCUGGGAAGACGGAAGUUGUGGAGGAGUUGUUGCGAUACUUUGUCGACAUUGGCAGCAAGGAAUGCUACGUGGGCAUGCUGUAUGCCUGCUACGACCUGCUGCCCAUGCACACGGUGAUGGAGAUCUCGUGGCGCCACGGGCUCAACGACUUCACCAUGCCGUUCAUGAUCAACUACAUGGCGCAGCAGUCGGCGACGAUUGAGCAGCUGAAGCAGGACAAUGAGGCGCGCAACGCCCGCGAGGCGGCGGAGAAGAAGGACGAGGACACGGGGCCGAUCCUUGGGCAGAGCCGGCUCAUGUUGACGCAGGGGCCGGUGCAGAGCCAGAGCCCGGCGCCGUAUGCGAAUGGGAUCAUGCCGCAGCCGACGGGGUAUCGAGCAUUCUAA